AUGCCCCGCUUCGCCGCAACUAAAACACCGCAAACCCCCCAUACACUCGGCAGGUUUCCUGUCAAGUUCCUCAAUGCAGGAGAAUCCUGGGUUCCUCGAUUCGACGGUGGGAGCGGUUCAGAGUUAUUGGAUGCGAUGGUUGGUGGCCUGAAGUUCCCGCUGCUGCGUCAGGCCAAUUGUUUCUCCGCUUGGGAGGCUCGCUGGUGGGCUUCCGCCACAGUCAAUGGGUCGAACAUAUUCAAUACGUCUUGGAUUUGGAGUCGUAGGCCACCAAUGUAUCGCGAGCCCAGCUUCAGGAGAGAUUCAUUGAUGUUUACUCGCGCUAGAAAGGAGUAG